AGGGAGUCAAGUUUCUUAUAUGCGCCGUUUUCAGUCGCUUCCACAACACAACGACACAACACGUUGACCGGACGGACUGGGGGGGAAAUAUUGCUGAUUAUUUUCUCCCAUAGUGGCUGUUGUGAAACUCCUCUCUGAGGUUGGAGAGUCAGUCAGUCAGUCGGUCACUUCAGACACAACUCCGUCUCUUCAAGCAGCUGCAGAACAAGGUGGUGGUUCAUGAUCACCAGGAAGCUCUUGGGUUUUAUUUCUUACCUGGAUUAUUAACUCGCAGGCGACAAGAUUUCUUUUUUCUUUUACUCUUUUUUCUUUUUUUUGUUUGUUGUUGUUGUUUUAUAACGGAGAGCCUUUAUUCUCUGUGAGGAUGUUGUGGAAAUUAGCCGACAACGUGAAGUACGAGGAUGACUGUGAGGAGAGACACGACGGCAGCAGCAAUGGGAACCCCCGGCUGCCUCACCUUCCAGCGGUCAGUCAGCACCUCUACAGCCCGUCUCCCUCCCUCUCUCACUCGGCCAGCUCGGACUUCCAGCCGCCCUACUUCCCUCCUCCCUACCAGCCCAUCUCCUACCAGCAGUCCGGCGACCCUUACUCCCACCUGGGCGACCCGUUCAACAUCAACUCCCUCCACCAGUCGCCGUCGUCCAACCAGCAGCAGUGGCCCGGCCGGCAGGGCCAGGACGGGCUGGGAGCUCACGGGAGGAGCGGCGGCCUGGCGAGUCAGAUCCUCGGCCUGGAUGGCGGAUCCGGCGGGGUGAGGAGGGAAGGCUUCCGGAGGCCGGAGCUGCUGCCUCCACAUGUGCACAGCAUAGAGGCGUCUGUUAUUGGGGAUAACAUGGGGAUGCACGACAUGGGGCACGGCCUGGAGGAUGUUCAACAUGUAGAUGACCACAGUGUUAUUAUGGCAGAUCAGACAGUCAUCAAAAAAGUAUUAGGACUGCGAGGUGGCAGGAACCUUGAUCGCUUACAGAGGACUUAUUAUCAGGGGGGCAUUCUUGCGGGGCCUGUCACUCUACCCAAAGGCAACGCGCUGGGUCUUCCUUACCAGAAAGAGUCCCUCCUGGGCAUGGUGUCGAACCCCACAGAGGUGUUCUGCUCCGUACCGGGCCGCCUCUCCUUGCUGAGUUCGACAUCCAAGUACAAGGUUACCGUGGCCGAGGUCCAGAGACGUCUGUCGCCCCCUGAGUGCCUCAACGCAUCGCUGCUGGGAGGUGUUUUACGCAGAGCCAAGUCAAAAAACGGAGGUCGCUCUCUGAGAGAAAAGCUGGACAAGAUCGGGCUCAACCUGCCUGCAGGAAGAAGGAAGGCCGCCAAUGUCACCCUGCUUACCUCACUAGUAGAAGGUGAAGCUGUUCAUUUAGCAAGAGACUUUGGCUACGUGUGUGAGACAGAGUUCCCUGCAAAGGCGAUAGCUGAAUACCUGGGCAGGCCGCACGUGGAACGCAACGAGGUUAACUCUCGCAAGAACAUGCUCCUUGCUGCCAAGCAAAUCUGCAAGGAGUUCACCGACCUGCUCACUCAGGACCGCUCGCCUCUGGGAAACUCUCGGCCGGCCCCCAUCAUGGAGCCCGGGAUCCAGGGCUGCCUGACCCACUUUAGCCUCAUCACUCACGGCUUCGGCUCUCCGGCCAUCUGCGCCGCCAUGACCUCGCUCCAGAACUACCUGAACGAGGCGCUCAAACAAGUGGACAAGAUGUACCUGAGCUCCGGCAGCGACACCCAGGGGUCCUCAGACAGUGGGAGCAAAUCUGCCGACAAAAUGGACAAGCACAGGAAAUGAGAGCUCAGAACGGAGAAUCCUUACGAACUCGGAAACCCCUUUGAGAGUCCCCUUCAUCUUGCCGCCCUGUCUGCCCUUUUUUUGGACUUUUAAAAAAAAAAAAAAUCAAUAAGUAUUGUCAUUAUGAGAGAUGAAUUUGUGCGUGAGUGUGAGCGUGUGUGUUUACUCACACCGUUGAAUUUAUAGCAUAUUUUUUUGAGGAGUUGAUGAUUUCUAAGAAUUUUGUCACAUGCUGGCUGCAAAUCAGUCCGGCACCUACGGUGGACGCCCGUGUACUGGUCCUAAUGGGAGCCCGAACGCACCAUAUCACACUAACCACUAUGCAGUUGCCAAUGUGCUGAUGCUACAACGAUGGGACCUGCUCUCUGUUGACAAGAGGAGGAAAAGAACAAAGUGCGUACUGUCUUUUUUCUCCCUAAAGGACAUCAUUUCAAGAUGAGUUGCUGUGGCUGUGAAUUCCUCUCAGCUCCCCCCCCACCUCCCAACCUCAUCCUCCUGCUCUGUCUGGAGGCAAAUCCACUGAUUUCCUGUGUCUCAAUGGACUUGCAAAGGACAAUUUUUAUAUGAGAAAGAGAGAGAAGAAAAUCCACUUCAUUUUCUUUCUUUCUGUUUUUUUUGUGUGUGCUCGAUUUGUACAACCACUUCAAAAUGGCUCCAGUGUUAUUGUGCUUUGUUCAUGAAAAGAUGAUUUGAAUCUUAUGUAGGCCCGAAUGAGAAAAGACGAUUUUUUUUGGGGGGGGGUUUGUCAGUCUGUGUUUGGUCAGAAACCAGAGACGUUACAGCCUCUCCAGUGUUCAUGUGGAUUACAGGCAUAGCAAUGCUUCCAUUGUUACUCCAUCUUUUUUAAACCUGGCGGCGUCAUUUUGGUGACCGCGUUAGGCCAUUCUUAGUAUUUAAAAAGUUACCACCAACCUACCAACCACGUCAGUCCUGCCAGAGUGUGUGUAUGUAUGUAUGUAUGUUGUGAGAACAUGUGUAAAUGUAUAUAUUUCUUUCUUUUAAAAUGUUUUUAAUUAGACAUUAAAUUCCAAACAAAUAAUUUUAUCCAGUGUCUUGUCCUGGAUGUAAAUAUUUUCUAAUUUAUGUUGUAAUUUAAUGGGCUUGUGUAAAUAACGGUAUCAUUCUGGUGUACGGUUUUGAUUAUAUGAUGUUUAACUUUUAUAAAUGGGUUAGUUUUUUAUCGAGUAGAGGUUAGGAAGUGGGCAUGAUAUACUUUUUUGAAAAUAUGUAAAAAAAAAAAAAAAAUGUUUUAAAGUUUCAGGAAAAAAUAAAAAUAAAAUGAAAGACUCGA